GAAUAAUACGACUGAUAGCUCUUCGAUUAGACAACUGACCUGGUUACCGUCUGUAGCCACGAGAAGCAAAGUUGCCAUUUCUGGAUCACUCUCCCCAGAGGCACAGCUUGCCAACUUCUGGGACACGCAGUCUCACCGAAGGACUGACAGGCAGGGACCGACAAGGGGCGGCCAACGCUGCUGCUGAAGGCGGGCUGAAGUUGGAGAACUUGGGCUAUUUUUCUGCUUCCCCAUCCCCCCGCCUCCCAACGAACCACAUCGACUCAUAUGGUCGAAAGAAAAAUCUCUUUCGGUUAUUUGAUAUUUGGGAAACCUCCAGGAGACCAUAACUUAGUUUGGAGGAAGCCUUGUCUCUCACUUUGCUGGGAACACACGCACACACACACACACACUCACACACAGGAACGCACAUACACACAGGAACGCACACACGCGGCUCUACACCAUGGUGGUUCAGGCUGCAGUGGCCCCGAACAGAUCUCAAAGACUUUUACUGAAAAUUCCUUAUGGAUCUCUGAGAAGACGCAGCGUGGAGAGGAUGACGGAGGGCCGUCGAUGUCAAGUACAUCUUCUUGAUGACAGGAAGCUGGAACUGCUAGUGCAGCCCAAGCUUUUGGCCAAGGAGCUGCUGGACCUCGUGGCCUCUCACUUCAAUCUGAAGGAAAAGGAAUACUUUGGAAUAGCCUUCACAGAUGAGACGGGACACUUAAACUGGCUUCAACUAGACCGAAGAGUAUUGGAACAUGACUUCCCCAAAAAGUCAGGACCAGUGGUUUUAUACUUUUGUGUCAGGUUCUAUAUAGAAAGCAUCUCAUACCUGAAGGACAAUGCUACCAUCGAGCUCUUCUUUCUGAAUGCUAAGUCCUGUAUCUACAAGGAGCUGAUCGACGUUGACAGUGAAGUGGUAUUUGAAUUGGCCUCCUAUAUUUUACAGGAGGCAAAGGGAGAUUUUUCUAGCAAUGAGGUGGUGAGGAGUGACUUGAAGAAGUUGCCUGCGCUUCCCACUCAAGCCCUGAAGGAGCACCCUUCCCUGGCCUACUGCGAGGAUCGAGUAAUUGAACACUACAAGAAACUGAAUGGCCAGACCAGAGGUCAAGCAAUUGUAAACUACAUGAGCAUCGUGGAGUCUCUCCCAACCUACGGGGUUCACUACUACGCAGUGAAGGACAAGCAGGGGAUACCAUGGUGGCUGGGACUGAGCUACAAAGGAAUCUUCCAAUAUGACUACCACGAUAAAGUGAAGCCACGGAAGAUAUUCCAAUGGAGACAGUUGGAAAACCUGUAUUUCAGAGAGAAGAAAUUUUCCGUGGAAGUUCAUGACCCCCGCAGGGCUUCAGUGACAAGGAGGACAUUUGGACACAGCGGCAUUGCAGUGCAUACGUGGUAUGCAUGUCCGGCUUUGAUCAAGUCCAUUUGGGCUAUGGCCAUUAGCCAACACCAGUUCUAUCUGGACAGAAAGCAGAGUAAGUCUAAAAUCCAUGCCGCACGAAGCCUGAGUGAGAUCGCCAUUGACCUGACCGAGACGGGCACGCUGAAGACCUCCAAGUUGGCCAACAUGGGGAGCAAGGGGAAGAUCAUCAGUGGCAGCAGCGGGAGCCUCCUGUCGUCAGGUUCUCAGGAAUCCGAUAGCUCUCAGUCGGCCAAGAAAGACAUGCUGGCCGCCUUGAAAUCCAGGCAGGAAGCACUGGAGGAAACGCUCCGCCAACGGCUGGAGGAACUGAAGAAACUCUGUCUUCGAGAAGCUGAGCUGACAGGCAAGCUGCCCGUUGAAUAUCCCUUGGAUCCAGGGGAGGAACCACCCAUUGUUCGGAGAAGAAUCGGGACAGCCUUCAAGCUGGAUGAACAGAAAAUCCUGCCCAAAGGAGAGGAAGCUGAGCUGGAACGCCUGGAACGAGAGUUCGCCAUUCAAUCCCAGAUUACAGAGGCUGCCCGCCGCCUCGCCAGUGACCCCAAUGUCAGCAAAAAACUGAAGAAACAAAGGAAAACCUCUUAUCUGAAUGCACUGAAGAAGCUGCAGGAGAUUGAAAAUGCCAUCAAUGAGAACCGCAUCAAGUCCGGGAAGAAACCCACGCAGAGGGCUUCCCUGAUCAUCGCCGAUGGAAAUAUUGCCAGUGAAGACAGUUCCCUCUCAGAUGCCCUUGUGCUAGAGGAUGAAGACUCUCAGGUCACCAGCACACUGUCCCCCUUACAGUCUCCUCACAAGGGACUCCCUCCUCGGCCACCAUCACACAACAGGCCCCCCCCUCCCCAGUCCCUGGAGGGACUCCGGCAGAUGCACUAUCACCGCAACGACUAUGACAAGUCCCCCAUAAAGCCCAAAAUGUGGAGCGAGUCCUCUUUGGAUGAGCCUUACGAGAAGGUCAAGAAACGCUCCUCCCACGGCCAUUCCAGCACCCACAAGCGCUUUCCCAGUACGGGGAGCUGUGCCGAAGCUGGAGGGGGCAGCAGCUCCCUGCAGAACAGCCCCAUCCGCAGCCUGCCCCACUGGAACUCACAGUCCAGCAUGCCGUCCACCCCAGACCUCCGGGUCCGGAGUCCCCACUACGUUCAUUCCACGAGGUCGGUGGACCUCAGCCCCACACGGCUGCACAGCCUCGCCCUGCACUUUAGGCACCGGAGCUCCAGCUUGGAGUCCCAGGGCAAGCUCCUGGGCUCGGAGAACGACACCGGGAGCCCCGACUUCUACACCCCACGGACUCGUAGCAGCAACGGCUCGGACCCCAUGGACGACUGCUCCUCCUGCACCAGCCACUCGAGCUCGGAGCACUACUACCCGGCGCAGAUGAACGCCAACUACUCCACGCUGGCCGAGGACUCGCCGUCGAAGGCGCGCGCGCGGCAGCGGCAGCGGCAGCGGGCGGCGGGCGCGCUGGGCGCGGCGAACUCGGGCAGCAUGCCCAACCUGGCGGCGCGCGGCGGCGGCGCGCACGGCGGCGGCGGCGGCGCGCACGGCGUCUACCUGCACAGCCAGAGCCAGCCGAGCUCGCAGUACCGCAUCAAGGAGUACCCGCUGUACGUCGAGGGCAGCGCCACGCCCGUGGUGGUGCGCAGCCUGGAGAGCGACCAGGAGGGCCACUACAGCGUCAAGGCGCAGUUCAAGACCUCCAACUCGUACACGGCGGGCGGCCUGUUCAGGGAGAGCUGGCGCGGCGGCGACGAGGGCGACGCGGGCCGCCUGACGCCGUCGCGCUCGCAGAUCCUGCGGACUCCGUCGCUGGGCCGCGAGGGCGCCCACGACAAGGGCGCGGGCCGCGCCGCCGUCUCGGACGAGCUGCGCCAGUGGUACCAGCGCUCCACGGCCUCGCACAAGGAGCACAGCCGCCUGUCGCACACCAGCUCCACCUCGUCGGACAGCGGCUCCCAGUACAGCACCUCCUCCCAGAGCACCUUCGUGGCGCACAGCAGGGUCACCAGGAUGCCCCAGAUGUGCAAGGCCACGUCAGCUGCCUUACCUCAAAGCCAGAGAAGCUCAACACCGUCAAGUGAAAUUGGAGCGACGCCCCCAAGCAGUCCCCACCACAUCCUAACCUGGCAGACUGGAGAAGCAACAGAAAGCUCACCCAUUAUGGAUGGGUCUGAGUCUCCAACUCACCAAAGCACUGAUGAAUAGAGGUACCGUAAGGGAAUGUUUGGUUUUCCUAGCCCUCCCCCCUUUCACUGCUCAUGAGUUUGUGGUCUCAGAUGUGCUGCAUGUGUCCCCCCUGCCCAUAUCGUCAUUUCCAGAAGGCAACUUCUGAAUGGUGUGGAAGCUGUUAUUUUUAUGUCUUAUUUCUGGAAACAUGUGGAGCUCUGUUUAUAUGUAUGUGUGUCUAUUGGAUGUUAGAUAUUCCCCAUGCUACUUCCCAGAAAAGACCUCAGAAUAUGUCUUAGCCCUUUCCAGACUCUGCGUACAUACUGGUUUAGUGACCAUGGUUUAAUCCAUGGAGAGAAGAGCAUCCUGCAGGUUGACAUUUCAAAGCACCUAAAGCAGACCGAGUUGACCUUGUUCCCUGAAGAGCACCCAUGAUUUCAUCCAGCAUUCCUGAGGGACAGGUGCCUUGCUUUCCAAAAUGUGGUCCAUCAUUAUUACCUGGGAGCUUGUUGAAAAACUAGACUCCUGGGCCUACUGAAUUUGAAUCUGCAUUUUAAUGAGGUCCCUGGGUGAAUCAAAGGCAUGUUCAAAUUUGCGAAGCACUGCUCUAGUGGGCAGAAAACAAGUAACACCUGGUCUGGUUCUGCUUCCAGGGGACCAGAAUCUAUCUGGCAGACAAAACGUUGAGAUUUAAAUAGUAUUUCAAGGGUCAACUAAAAAAGAUAAGGAUACCAUUCAGAAGCAGAUAAAAAGUUGUAAGCUUAUUCAACCAAAAAACAGAACCCUAUGUUCCAGGAACCAUGCUUGAGACCAGAGUUCCAAGAGUUCACGGUCAAAUCUGCAGCUUGAAAAAUCUAACAGGAGCCAGGCAAGGAGAGGAAGGAAGAGCAGGACUUAGGUGUUAACUACUCUGAGACUUCAGAGCAUUCCAAGGGGAGUGGGAGGACUUUGGCUUCAUGGAGAUACCUCUUGAAUCUGGCUUCCACGGCUUGGGGGUGAGGUUGGGGGUGAGGGGGGCGGUAGGGACGUGGAGAGGGGCCAUUCCAUGGGCAAAAAACACUGGAUACAGCAACAGGUAAGGGUGUUGGGUAAACAGCAAAGAGCCUCAUUUUGUUGUAGAGAGCGAGCCAGACUUCCCCCUAAAAAGCAGGGUAGGACAAGGUCCUGAACAAAUUAGGAGGAGACAUGGAAGAGUUUUUAUUGAAAUUCUCCCAAGUUGGCAGUUAGGAGAUUAGGAAAACAGGGGCCUUUGAGAGGAAGAUGGUGCUCAAAAAACAAACUUCAACUGAGGAAAUCGGAAAGACUUUAUUGACUUUAUUCAACAACUCAUGAAUCGGGCAGCAUUUCAUCUGCUAGAUGAAAGGAGCUGUGCAAGAUGAGACUUCUAUAAGCAGAAGGGAGCAGGAACACGGAUUUAUACUAGGCAAAAAAUCAGUUGGUUAUUGCAAGGUCACUUUCCUUUAGGAAAUGGCAGGGGUCUAUCAGACACAUGACCUCACUUGGGCUGAUCAGGUGAUGCCUGAUUGACUAGUUUAAGACUCCAUUUCUGGGAAAACUGAUACACUAAGUUGAGGUCUCAGCUUGGUGACGUGGGUCUUAGCAUCAGUAACUCUAUUUUGGGCCUGGUUUCUUGUUUUUAACAAUUCCCUCCUUUUGAUCAGACUCUCGGCCUCACCAAGAGAUGUGAUCAAAAUGUAACGCUCGGGAGUUACCACAGGUUUUUGCUGAAUCUCUGUGUGGUAUUCACAGGUCAUGCGAUCAGGUUCAUUCUUUACAGUGGUCAUUGUCUUUGUUCCUUUUCUGAAGUUCUGUUCUUAGGGAGAUCCUUUGCUGGGUGGUGAGCGGCUGCAAACAUGUAUUUAAAGCAUGCACCAGUGGGACUGCCGUCGUUAUUAGAGCAGGAGAACGCCCAAUGUCUAGAACGUCCUUUGGAGCCAAGGUCCCCAGGGCCCAAACCAGUUAGAAUCAAGUAUGUCCAAGAAAGACCCUUUCUUAAGCCAGCUGCCGUGCGCAGUGGUCUUGUGUAGGUGAGUCUCAACUUUCCCAGAAGCGUCUAUCCGAGUGCAGCGAGUGGUGUUGGCCAUAGCACCACCUCAGCUGAAAGAUAAUUAUGGAACAACUUUGGCAGAGAGCCUAGGAAUCUGUGAGGCAGCUCGUGUUCUCGCAGCCGAUUCUGCAACAUCUGCGAGAGUGAAGGAGAGGUCCCCAAAUGCAGCCUCACUUGCGCUUACUCCUGUCCGGGAGGCGUAGGAUCUGCCAAGGGAAACGAGCUUUGAUUCAUGAAUGCUUCCUGGUCAUUCCCAUUUGAGUCUGUGGCUUAGGACUCAGAGGAGGACAGCAUGGGGGCCAGUACAACUCGAAGGUCUGUGGUUUUAUUUGGUCACCCUUGCCUGGUGUCCCUUUCUUUGGACAGAGCCUGGAUGCAAAGUUCCCUGGGCCUGGGGUUCUUAACCAGGGACUGUGACAUGAUGGAGAGAGGGGCUGGCUUUGGCCCAGGGAAACUGAAGCGUUGACAAUCAGGCAGAAGUUUGGGAUGGACAGAACUGCAGGAGCACGAGUAUCGUGGGACAUCCAACAGUCUUUUGGAGGUUAGAUUACCUCUCCCUUUGCAGUGGCCUGAGACGGGUGAACAAUGGCAUUAUCUUUGCAGGCCAGGGCCAGGAAAAAGGUGGACAAAAGGAUCAUGAAGACCUUCAUGGAGUAAGAAUUAGGGGAAGGAUGGUCAGAGAGGGAAGGGGGAAUGGAAACUUUCUUAUGCCACACCCUGGGAGGAAGCUGUCAACCUUGAUGUCCGCAACCUCUCUUCGUCAAUUUGAUUUUGAGGUCUCCAGCUUUUGCACCAGACCAGAUGUCAGGUGGAGCCUUCCUCAGUCACAAAAUAUGCACCCAGGGUUCAGCACCUUAUAAAUUGGCACCGGUGUCAGGGGUCGAGAGUUCUUGGUAGGGUUCCUUUCCAUGAGUCCCAGUUUUGCAAAAUCAUCAGAGUAAAACAAAAAAGUGGCUGUAAAUGACAAAACACUUUAAGAUGCUCAGAUCUGAUUAGAGUUCAUUAUAAUGAAAUUGAUAAGGAAAUUUGGUUACUUCUGUGAUAUACAACAUUUAAAGAUAAUAACUGAACUUAUGAAUAACAUUGUACCAGGACAUAUCAGAUUUCUAGAAACUUCAUACAGUUUCAAGACCAUUUAUACUAAUAACAUGGUUUAUACAAAUAACUUAAGAUUUUAUUAUGUGACAAAGCUUCCCACGUAAUUUAACAUAGCAAACAAAUUAAUUAGUGUAGCAUCUUUUAUAAGGGGAGAGACAAAUCUUUUGAGAUUUUCCAGGGACACUCUAGGGAAAUCUCAAAGUUACUUUCAGGUCAGGAAGACGCCAUUAAGAAUCUGGUUAUGGGAAGUUGUUAGAGCAUCAACAGGUUUGAACACAGGACUAAACAGGAUCACAGAUCAUUAUGAAAGAAUUAUAAGUGACAAAGGCAAAUAGUAGUUGUGAACAAAACUUGGGUCUUUUAAUAUUGAGAAGAUGGGAGUUUUCUUACACAGCCAAAGACUUGAUAAAAGACCACAUGAAGCAUGGUAAAUUAUUUCGCUAAGACACAAAAUCUUUGCUGACCAGGCAGAGGACUUAAAGAGUCCUUCACAACUGCUUAUCAAA